CGUUCUAACACUAACCUUAAAGAUUAUAAAGAAAGAAGAUAUAUUCUGCAAACCCACAUUGUUAUGCUUUGUUUGCACUUUGUCUGAGCUACUGGUUCCCCUUUCCAAGCAUGGGUUCCUUCCAUUUGUUCCUUCUUCUUCUAACUUUGUUUUCCUUCUCUGUUCUUUGCUCUGCCUCUCCCAUCAUCCAAGCUGCUAUCCAUCAAGGUCCCAAAGCUUACUAUAACUGCACAAGUAACACCACUUUUGCUGCCCUUAGCUAUUACCGUUCCAACAUCAAAACACUACUAGAUUGGCUCUCCUCCAAUGCCACUAGCCAUGCCAGAUCCUACAACGCCACAGUUGCUAGCAAAAACACUGUUGACACUGUCCAUGGUUUCUUCCUUUGUACAGAAGACAUCGACCCAAAAAGCUGCCAAGAGUGCGUGAUAGAAGCAGCCAAACUUAUAUUAUCACUCUGCACGAUGGCAAAAGAAGCCAUAGUUUGGUACCAAGUGUGCUUUGUCCGCUACUCUGAUCGUCUUUUCUUCUCCACCGUAGAGGAGAGUCCUAAAAUGACCUUUAUGAACGAUCAGGAUUAUGUGGGUGAGGUUGGGCGUUUCAACAAUAUUCUGUGGGAUAUGAUGAACGAUUUGAGAAUUGUGGCAGCAAAUGCUUCUAAUAAAUUGGCUGACAUGUCAGUGAACAUCUCAGACAACCAAAAGGUAUAUGGCUACGCUUGGUGCGUCCUAUACCUAUCCAUGGAGAAUUGCAGCUGGUGUCUUAGCGAUGCCAUAGCAGAAAUUCCAACCAGUUGCUGCAGAGGAAAAUCUGGAGGAAAUAUAUUAUAUCCCAGUUGUGGUGUUAGAUACGAAUUAUAUCCAUUCCACAAGGCACACAAGAUAGGUUCUUGGAUGCCCCCGCCACACCGUUUGGCUCCACCAGGAAAAGGAAAACAGAAGACAAUAACAAUAAUUGUGAUCGUUGUUCCAAUUGUUGUUUCGCUGGUGCUUUUAGCUUUGGGCUGCUGCUGCUUUUUAUACAGAAAAGAAAGAAAGAAUCAACAUGAUAUUCUCAAAGAAAGCUUUGGGAAUGACAUUACUGCUUUGGAGUCCUUGCAAUUUGAAUUAGCCAAAAUUGAAGCUGCAACUAACAGAUUUGCUAAAGAAAACUGGAUAGGCAAAGGCGGAUUUGGAGAAGUCUAUAAGGGUAUUCUUCCAGAUGGACAAGAAAUAGCUGUGAAGAGGCUUACAGGAAGGUCCGGGCAAGGUGCAGUAGAGUUUAAAAAUGAGGUUCAAGUUAUAGCCCAGCUUCAACACAGAAAUCUAGUGAGGUUACUAGGAUUUUGCUUGGAAGGUGAAGAAAAGAUACUCAUUUAUGAGUACAUGUCAAACAAGAGCCUUGAUUAUUUUUUAUUUGAUACCCGGAAGCAAGGAAUAUUAUCUUGGUCUGAACGUCAUAAAAUCAUCAUAGGAGUUACUCGAGGAAUUCUGUAUCUUCAUGAGGAUUCUUGCCUCAAAAUAAUACAUCGUGAUUUAAAACCUAGUAAUAUUUUGUUAGAUAGUAAUAUGAAUCCAAAAAUAUCAGAUUUUGGUAUGGCUAGAAUUGUUGCUGCAGAUCAAAUUGAGGACAAUACGGGCAGAAUUGUAGGGACAUAUGGUUACAUGUCUCCAGAAUAUGCAAUGCACGGACACUUUUCUGUGAAAUCCGAUGUUUUUAGUUUCGGAGUCAUGGUUCUAGAGAUUAUUAAUGGGAAGAGGAAAGGCUGUUCUUCUGAACCGGAAUGUGUUGAUGACAUCCGGAGACACGCUUGGACAAAAUGGACAGAGCAAACCCCACUAGAACUAUUGGAUCCUAAUAUAGAAGGACCUUAUUCACAAGAAGAAGUCAUCAAAUGCAUCCACAUUGGUUUGUUAUGUGUUCAAGAAGAUCCAAAUGAUAGACCUACAAUGGCAACAAUUGUUUUCUACCUCAACAGCCCUUCAAUCAACUUGCCAUCACCUCAUGAACCAGCAUAUUUUAAGCGUAGUAGAAAAGAGGACAACCUGACGACCAACAAGGAAUUGGAUAAUCUCUGUGAUUCCAUCAACGGAAUUUCUCUGACUAAUUUCUUUCCUCGUUAA